AAGAAAAAUAUCUCAAGAGCAUUCCUGCACGUGUAGCUCUUUGGCUGAUUAAGAGAAGAUAAGAAAUCAGGUUCACAGAACUAAAUUCAUGUACACUUUAUAUAUCCGUUCGUUCCAUUUAUCUUAAAUGUAUCACAAAAAUCAUUCAGAGCCUGCCUGUAUCUUUUAUUUCACCCAACGAUGGCAACUAUAGCUACUAGCCUUAACAUAGCAACCCAACGUGCCAUCAUCACCAGCGAGAACCGACCUGCUCGUCUCGCUUGUCCUGUCCUUUUGAACAACCCGUGGAAUCUUGGUUCAAGAACAACGAACCGUUUGGUGAGCUUUAGGCCGGUCAAAUCAGCUCCAGAAGGAGUAAUAUCCGAUAAAGUGGAGAAGAGCAUUAAGGACGCAGAGGAGACUUGUGCCGGCGAUCCAGUGAGCGGAGAGUGCGUAGCUGCUUGGGACGAGGUCGAGGAGCUUAGCGCAGCAGCUAGCCACGCUAGAGACAAGAAGAAAGCUGAAGGCUCCGACCCUUUGGAGGAAUACUGCAAAGACAAUCCCGAGACUAACGAGUGUCGUACUUAUGAUUAAUCAUGUUCCAGGACCCCAUCAAUAUAUUAUAUACAAAUCUUUGUUCCAUUCAGUUUAGUAAUGCUAUAUGAUGCUAAAGCUGUCUUAGAGCUCUAUAAACAUUGUAAUUUGGCAAGAUUCAUAAGAAAUCAUAUAACACAAAGCUUGAAUACA